AACCGAAACCCGGUACGAGAUCGGGACGGUUAACAAAUAAUAACUGGAAUUUGCUAUAAAGAAAGAAAGACCGGUUUACGAGAGAAGAAGAUUUAUGUCAAAAACUCGCGAAUCGUGAGAUUGUUCUCUAGAAAUGGCGAGUUUCGAGAAAUUCGAACCCAUAUUUGGAGAAGUCGUACCCGAACGUUCGGAUCCGGGUUCGGAUCUUCUCCGGCGAUGUCUCUUCCACGUCUACGCUUCCGAUUUGUAUAACUUAACAGUCCAUGUCACUGACUUCAUCUCCGGCGUCUGGACGACUAUCCUCUCCGUCUCGCAGCUAGACGAUAUGAGGGAUACUGUGGGGAUUGGUGGUUCGUGGUCGGAGUUCCUCGAUUAUACUGUUGCUUCCUUGAAAUCCGACAAUGUGAAGCUUCUCUUGGGAGCAAAUUCAGUUUCAAACGGUAUUGAGACUGCGAGAUUAGUUUCUCAGAAAGCUAAAGGAAUGCCUCGCGUAAUCGUUCCUUUAACAAAGAUGGUGGACUCAUCUGCUAGUGAAGCUAUGGCAAAUCUGUCUCUUGAGUUGUUCAGAGCAUUGAAGAGCAAGCAGCACCUACGAGGAGAAGUGAGUUCUUCAGCUGCAGCAACUGAUGAAAAGGAUAAGAGGGAUGCUACUCAUAACCAAGUGGAACGAUACUCUGGAAAGUUAGAUGUUAUGGCUCCAUCAACAGAUAACCGGCAAGACUCUCCCGCCAAGCAAUCUGCCCGAGAAGGUAACACAACAAAACCUGUUAAACGAGUACCUGCUCACCGGAGAACCCGUAAACGGGGUGCCUUUCUGCAGGAUUCAGAAGAAGAGGAUGGCUGAUUGGAACAGAACAUAAUGAUAGCCGACACUUUAAACCCAUCAUCAGCUUUUAGUAACAAACUGAAUCGCCUGGGGAGUUAUGCUUUAUGCUCAUGAUAAUUUCCCAGGUCCUUUUUUUACUCCUCUUUUGGUGAUUCGAUUUUCUGAAAAGAAUCUGUAAGGUUAACAUAGAUUCCUUGUGGACACAUGUUAGAAGUUUUUGAAAGUUGAAAAAGGAAGUAAAAUCGAAUCCUCCUU